AUGCUGUUAGGGAGAUUGCACUUGCGAUUGGUACCCGUUAAGGGAGCAGCUUUGAGAGAAUAUGGCUUAUUAAAAACGUCUUCUAUUUACGUGUCCAAUAAUAAUAUUAUUAUAGGGACCCAGUUUCUGGGUCGUAAGGAUGGCUUCUCAUCAAGCUGUAGCUUCCAUUGGACUGCUCGUAAUGGACAUAGUGUAUUGGCCAAAUCUUCUGGAGAUUCGGUUAAAUCAAAAGAAAAAUUUAGUCAUACACAUAUGAACGAGAGCGAAGAAUUGGAACAAACCCAUGGUCAGUCUCAUUCCCAUAGCCAUUCACAUUCUGAAGCUAACCCCAUGCUUGUAUUAAGCAGAGAUGCUUUCAAGAAUAACCCGGGUGUUCGAAUUACUUGGAUUGGAUUAGGUAUUAAUGUGGCCAUGGCUGCAGGUAAAGCUAUUGGUGGUGUUGUAUUUCACUCUCAGGCAUUAUUAGCUGAUUCUAUCCAUGCAUUGAGUGAUUUAGUUUCUGAUUUCUUGACACUUUUCUCAGUAGGUUACUCUACAGGGAAAGCAACCCCAAGUUACCCAUAUGGGUUUGGUAAGAUUGAAACAGUUGGUUCAUUAGCAGUUUCCUCCAUUUUGGCUGCAGCGGGUGUAUCUAUAGGAUGGACUUCAUUGUGUGCUGUUGUGGGGCCUAUAAUUCCUCACACUAUUCUUGAAAGCGUAUAUGCAAUCUUUGGCCAAGGCCAUAGCCAUUCUCAUGGUGUCCCAGAAGAUGUUACCAAUGUAAAUGCUGCUUGGAUUGCAGCUGCCUCUAUUGUUGCCAAGGAGUGGGUGUUUCAAGCUACAAAAAAGAUUGCUAUAAGUUCACAUUCCAAUGUUUUAAUGGCAAAUGCUUGGCAUCAUCGUGUCGACUCGUUAACGUCUUUAGUAGCUUUGGUUACUAUCACAGGAGGUUAUAUGUUUGAUAUCCAAUGCCUAGAUGCAGUAGGUGGGUUGAUUGUUUCAGGGUUGGUUAUUAAGGCUGGUGCAGAUGGGAUUAUUUCUUCCGUGGAAGAAUUAAUUGAUAAAGCUCUUCCCAAAUCAGAUUCACGUUACAAAGAUGUUAACGAUCAUAUAUUGAAUUCUUUAAAGACUAUUGAAGUCCAAGGAAAAGAACAAUAUUGCACUUUAAAAAAUUUGUCUAUUAUCAUGUCUGGUAGAAAUAUGCUAUUAGAUAUGAUUUUAACAGUACCUGAAAAUGUACCAAUUACUUUACAAGAUUUGGAAAAAAUAAGAUUCUCUUUAAGAAACGAUUUAUUGAAAAAAUUUGUUAACAUUAAAAAAGACAGUAUUGAAUUCGAGAAUAUAAAUUCCAAAUAUUCAAACAAUCUAACUGAAGAUAUUUGUGAACACACUCAUGAGCACAAAUAA